ACUUUGAAUAUAUAUGGAGUAUAAAUUUGAACCAAUUUAAACCUCAUUUUAUAAUUUCUUCCUCUCAAUCUUCAUUCUCCUCUUUCCUCUGAUAUUUGAUUUCAUGGCGAAACCGGCGGCGGAUUGGCGGAGCAAUAGAAAGGCGGUUCAAGCCACCAAUGACGACGCCUCCGCUAGCAAGCUGUCUUGCGUUAAAAAGGGAUACAUGACAGAUGACUACAUUCAUUUGUUUGUUAGAAGGCCCAUCAGGAGAUCCCCUAUUAUAAAUCGUGGGUACUUUGCUCGUUAUUCAGCUCUCCGGAAGCUUCUCUAUAAAUUUCUUGACUGCAAGAUAAAUGGGGAAGAGAAAGGCAAGAAGCAAAUAUUGUCACUUGGGGCUGGCUUUGAUACUACAUAUUUUCAGUUGCAGGAUGAAGGGAAUGCGCCUCAUUUAUACGUGGAAUUAGAUUUCAAAGAGGUGACAAGUAAGAAAGCUGCUAUCAUUGAAAACUCAUCUGAGCUGAGAGGCAAAGUUGGUGAAGCUGCAUUGAUCUCUCAAGAGAAAGGGGAAGUGUCUGGAGAUCACUACAAACUCCUCCCUGUUGACUUGCGUGAUAUACAACAACUUGACGAUAUGAUUUCUUUGGCUGAUAUGGACCCUAGUUUGCCAACUUUUAUAAUUGCAGAAUGCGUUCUAAUAUACUUGGAUCCAGAAUCAAGCCGUUCUGUUGUUAGUUGGGCGUCUAGAACUUUUUCUACUGCGGCAUUUUUCUUGUAUGAGCAGAUUCAUCCUAAUGAUGCUUUUGGGCAACAGAUGAUAAUGAACCUGGAGAGUCGAGGAUGCGGAUUAUUAAGCCUUCAUGAUACACCGACAUUGCAGGCGAAGGAAAAACUUUUUCUUGAUCAAGGAUGGCAGAGAGCUGUUGCUUGGGAUAUGCUGAAAGUUUACAGCACAUUUAUUGAUGCCCAGGAAAGAAGCAGGAUUGAACGGUUGGAAUUGUUCGAUGAGUUUGAAGAGUGGUACAUGAUGCAGGAGCAUUAUUGUGUGACUUGUGCAAUCAAUGAUGCAAUGGGUAUAUUCAAAGAAUUUGGUUUCCCCGACGAGGAGCAUGCAACAGGUUCCCCCACUGCAUCCACAACCGCGCCCUCUAUGUGAAAAUACACUACUUUUUUUAAUCUUCAUCUCUGAUAAUCGAGAUGAGAGGUCGUCAGAACUAGUUUCUUUCUUCCUAGUAGAGUUUUCUACAAUGUGUAUGGAUCCCUCUAAUUUGUUUCUAAUCUGCAAUAUCCCUCCCCAAUAUAGCUCAAGAUUGUGUCAAUCCACAAGCCAGAAUCGUCUGUGGAAAAAGAGUUUCUUGCAUAGUUGAUUGCUCCCCUAUAUUGUAUUUCUUCAAUUACAUUAUUUUUAAUCCUAUACAUGUGUUCUAUGUCA